CUCGAAAUCCUCUAAGCCUUGAAAUCUCAGUGCAAUAUCCCCAUCUUCAGAAAAGGGUGAAGCUAUGGCUGAGACUGCAGUGAGGAUAGUCAUUGACAAGUUAAUUAGAUUGUUGCAUGAAGAAGCGAAACUACUGAAAGGUGUGGAGAGAAAAAUUACAGACAUCAAAGAUGAACUGGAAAGCAUUCAGUCUUUCCUGAGAGAAGCAGAUGGAAGGGCAGAGAAAGAGGAUAGUACCAGUAGUACUACAGGUGUGAAAACUUGGGUGAAACAAGUCAGGGAAGUAGCUUACAGAAUCGAAGAUAUCAUCGAUGAGUACAUAUUUCGUGUAGCAGAAGGCAGGCAAGAGCAUCAGCAUGGAUUCAAGGCUUUCCUGCAAAAAAUAGUCCACUUGGUCAAGAUUUGCAGACCACACCACGAGAUAGCCUUAGAGAUUGAAGAUGUAAAAAGAUCAGUCUAUGAAAUCAAGGAAAGAAGUAAAAGAUACGGCUUCAGUUAUACCUCAGAACAAGGAGGCCCAAGCUGUACUUAUGAUGAAAAUAAUACAUGGCAUGACCCUCGAGUUGGUUCCCUUUUCAUUGAGAAUGAUGCACUUGUGGGAAUUGAGUCUCCUAGAAAAGAGUUGGUAAACAAAAUGUUAGAAGAAACAUCUGGACGCUUAGUGAUCUCACUAGUGGGAAUGGGAGGAAUUGGUAAGACCACUCUUGCCAAAAAAGUUUGCGACGUCCAAACUAUAAAAGAUCGCUUUGACUGCCAUGCUUGGAUCACAGUGUCUAGGUCAUAUCAGUUGAAGGAGCUAUUAAGGACCAUGAUAAGACAGUUUAAUGAGGAAAGGAAAGAGCGUCUGCCUAAUGAGAUUAACACCAUGGAUAUGGUGGAGCUUAUUAGUACAACUAGAGAGUAUUUGCGUGACAAAAGGUACAUUGUCGUGUUUGACGAUGUGUGGAAAGAAGACUUCUGGGGAGAUGUAGAGCAUGCUUUGUUAGACAAUGACAGAGGUAGUAGAAUUAUGGUCUCAACAAGAAAUGAGAAUGUUGCUGAUUUUUGCAAGAAAUCUUCACUUGUUCAUCUCCACGAGUUGAAACCUUGGCCUCUAGAUUUAGCCCAUGAGCUUUUAUGCAAAGAAGCAUUCAAGUUUGAUCGAGAAAAGCACUGCUCUGAAGAGUUGCUAGAGCUGUCUUUCGACAUUGUUAAAAGAUGUGAAGGAUUGCCCCUUGCAAUUGUAGCCAUUGGUGGACUUCUAACUACCAAAGGCAGGGAUGUUUUACAAUGGAAAAGCUUACGAGAUAGCCUCAGCUCACAAUUAGAAAGCAAUCCUCACCUUGCAUGUAUUAAAAGGAUUCUUUCUUUGAGCUAUCUUGACUUGCCUUAUCACUUGAAAUCUUGUUUCUUGUACCUCGGGAUAUUUCCAGAGGAUUACUCCAUUAACUGUGCAACACUAAUCCGAUUAUGGAUAGCAGAAGGUUUUGUGGAAGGAAAACAUGGCUUAAUUGUGGAAGAGGUUGCACGAGAACAUUUAACCAAGCUUGUCCAAAGGAACCUAGUUCAAGUUGAAAGGAUUAAUUUUGGUGGCAGUCUUAGACGAUGUCGAGUCCAUGAUUUGAUGCAUGAGGUCAUUCUUUCAAGAUCAGAGGAACUCGAUUUACUUCAAAUUUCUCUUGAAAACUUAACUAGCCUUGGUGGGACAGCUCGACACCUCUCAAUUCACAAUGAAGCAAAAAGUCUUUCUGGGAAAGUUAGUAACUCUCAAACUCAUUCACUUAUUUUUUUCAACAUAGAUGAUUUAUCCAAAUCUUUGUCUUGUAUACUAACUAAAAAGUUUAGCCUCUUGAAAGAACUAGAUUUUGGAGGAACUCCACUGAGUGACAUACCUGAAGAAGUUAUAGGAAAGCUGUUGAAUUUAAGAUAUUUAAGUGUAAGAGAUACAAAAGUAAAAAAGAUCCCAAAGUCAAUAGGGAAGUUGCACUGCCUCCAAACUUUGGAUUUGAAGCGAUCCCUCGUGUGUGAGCUACCAGUUGAGAUGAAAACACUUUGUAAUAUGCAAUAUCUUCUUGGCUACUCAGUUGAUUAUGACAGUGAGUACAACAUCUAUACCAGACGAGGGUUGAAAAUGCUGGGUGGAAUCAGGAGUUUAGUUUCUUUACAGAAAUUGGAUUCUAUAGACAUGGAGGCGCACAAGAGUAGUGCUAGUUUUAUUGCUGAAUUGGGGUGGUUGAAGCAGCUGAGAAAACUGGGGAUACAUAAACUGAAAUCAGAAAAUGGAAUGGAUUUGUGCGUUGCAAUUGAGCAGAUGCACCAGCUUCAAUCACUUGAUAUUGCCUCAGUGGAUGAGGACGAAUUUCUUCAGCUACAAUCAAUGUCUUCUCCUCCCGUUCUCCUUCAACGCCUCUGCCUUCGAGGGAGAUUAGAAGCGUUGCCCAACUGGAUUCCCAAAAUGAAGAAUCUUGUCAAAAUUCGUCUGUAUUGGUCAAGAUUAAUAGAUGAUCCUCUCAAAGUCCUUGGGGUUCUACCAAAUUUACUGGAGUUUUCAUUUUAUAAAGGAUUUGAUGGAGAGCAAAUGCAGUUUGAACGAGGACACUUUCAGAAGCUGAAAAGACUAGCACUUGUUAAAUUGAAUGGAUUGAAUAGAUUGAUCAUUGAUGAAGAAACUUUGCCACAAUUGGAGUCAUUGUCAAUUGGCCCUAUCCCAAACCUACAAGACCAGGUACCUUCUGGUAUCCAUCAUUUAAAAAGCCUUAAAACCUUGCAAUUAAAUGACAUGCCAAGAGAAUCUGUAAGAAGAAUGUUGCCAGGAGAAGGUUCCAAAUUCUGUGAAGUGCAGCAUAUACCACAUGUUGUUUUCACUUUCACAACUAAAGGAGCAAGAUAUGAUUCUUACAACCUCAGUGAUCCACGCCUGUUGGAAUAUUUGCGAAGUUAGGAGUCUUGUGCAGAGAGGAACAACCGGUCCAAACAGUUUCAUCAAAUCACAGGUAUUACAUUUCUAACCAAUUCCAAUAUUCUAUGGCAUAGAAGUUCUUUGUAAUGUUUUUAAGGGAUCAAUUUUAUCAUCAGCAUAGCUGCACUAUCAUUAGGACAGGGCUAAGAGAAAAGGACUAAACAAAAAUUUAUAAAUUUGAUUCAAUUUCAAACUCAGAAAUUCAUAGUGUCUGUCUAAGUAGCUAGUCAUAUAUUCUAGUUUUACAGUAUACAAUGCUUAAAUCAUACAAGGUUCUUGUUCAAAAGAUAUUUUGAAACAACCAAUGGGAGUUGGUUGAGUUGAUAAGAAUUGAAUAUUUCACUUGUAAGGCCUAGAUUCAAUUCCUAUUGCCAGUAGUUUCCCUUGGAGGGCGUUCUAUAAAUCCAAUGUAAGUUAUUUUUGAGUCUUGCAGUUUUCCCAGCCCUAGAAUGAAAAACCUCCCCUCACCUUAAGCUUUAUGUACCAAAAAAACAAACAUAUUUUGAAACUGGAGCUAAACAUCAAUCACCAAAUAAAGAAAAACACAUUUAAAGUUUAA